GAUGGUGCUGCUGCAGGUGGGGUUCGCCGGCAUGUACAUCAUCGCCGUGGCGUCCCUCAAGGCCGGGAUGAGCCACUUCGUCCUCGUCGUCUACCGUAACCUCGUCGCCACCGCCGUCAUGGCCCCCUUCGCCCUCUACUUCGAGAGGGGACAGAGGCCAAAGAUGACAAUCACCAUCUUCCUCAAGAUCAUGGGGCUCGCAUUCCUCGAGCCUGUGAUUGACCAGAACCUGUACUUCAUGGGGGCGAAGCUCACCUCGGCGGGAUUCGCGACGGCACUCGUCAACAUCCUCCCGGCCGUCACCUUCGUCCUGGCCCUCCUCCUGCGCAUGGAGAAGGUGCGGCUGCGGAGCCUCCACAGCCAGGCCAAGAUCGCUGGCACGGUCCUCACGGUGGCCGGCGCGGUGCUGAUGGUACUGUACCACGGCCCCAUCGUGCAGUUCCCGUGGACCAAGGGCCAGCACCACGCCACCGCCAGUGGCCAGGGCGCCGGCGGCGCAGCCGACGCGCGGGACUGGCUGAACGGGACUAUCAUGGUCAUCAUCGCCUGCGUGGCCUGGGCGUGCUUCUUCAUCCUCCAGUCCAACACCCUCAGGAGCUACCCGGCGGAGCUGUCGCUCACCGUGCUCAUCUGCGGCAUGGGAUCCCUCAUGAGCGGCGCCAUCGCCCUCGUCGCCGAGCGCGCCAACACUCAGGCCUGGGUUAUCGGCUUCGACAUGCGCCUCUUCACCGCCGUCUACGCCGGCAUAGUGUGCUCCGGCGUGGCAUACUACGUGCAGGGCAUCGUGUCGAGGCAAAGGGGCCCGGUGUUCGUCACGGCAUUCAACCCACUCUGCAUGAUCAUAACCGCCGUCAUGGGCUCCAUCAUUCUCAAGGAGGAGAUCAAUCUCGGAAGUGUGAUUGGUGCAGCUAUCAUUGUUGGAGGCCUCUACUUUCUCAUCUGGGGCAAGAGCAAGGACGAGAUCAGCAAAGCCGGCGGCAGCAGCAAGGGCGCCGGCGAGCUGCCCUUAACCUCGGUGACCAGCGGCCAGGGCAGCGGCAGCGGCAAGCAAGAGCUCCGCAACGGCAACGGCGGCGGCCAUGUCUUCGGCGUGGAGACGCCGGCAGCCAAUGGCCACUACUAGUCAAAGGGAUCGAUCGGAGUAACUAUAUACUCCAAUGCAUACGAUCAUCGAUCCGUCUGUCUAUAUUUUCCUGGUAUAAUGCAUAUAUGGUCCAUCGAUCAUGUAUGGAGGCGAAUUUUUCCUGCAUUUUCUUCUUCUGGUCAGCUUCUCGCUAGCUACGAUCCAAUCAUGUCAUGUGAUAGUGAGAGAAGAUCAGCGAGUGGUGGCUGUAGCAAGUGUAACGGAUGAGACCAGUGAUGUACGUGUCCGGAUCGCUUGCUUAAUUUAAUCACGCCUGCUUUGCUUAA